AUUACUUCUUUCUGCUUUCUUCUCAACAGGUUUAGUCAAUCACUCCUCGGAGUCUCUGAAUUGCAUUUUGCAGUAGCUCAAAGAAGAAGAACGUGGAAAAUGGGAGGCAUGAAAUAUAUAGUCUCCUUGGUUUUGUUCUUUAUUUUCCUAGAAGGAAGCAAAACAGAGCAAGUGAAACAUUCAGAAACAUAUUGUGUGUUUCAAGACAAGAAGUAUAGAGUGGGUGAGAAAUGGCAUCCCUACCUGGAACCUUAUGGACUGGUUUACUGUGUGAACUGCAUCUGCACAGAGAAUGGGAAUGUGCUUUGUAGCCGAGUCAGAUGUCCAAGUCUUCAUUGCCUCUCACCCGUGCAUAUUCCUCAUCUGUGUUGCCCCCGUUGCCCAGAAGAUUCCUUACCUCCAGUGAACAAUAAGGUGACCAGCAAGUCAUGUGAGUACAAUGGAACCACUUACCAACAUGGAGAACUGUUUAUGGCUGAAGGGCUCUUUCAGAACCGGCAACCCAAUCAGUGCACCCAGUGUAGUUGCUCGGAAGGGAAUGUGUACUGUGGUCUCAAGACUUGCCCUAAACUGACCUGUGCCUUCCCAGUAUCUGUUCCAGAUUCUUGCUGCCGAGUAUGCAGAGGGGAUGGAGAAUUGUCAUGGGAACAUUCUGAUGGUGAUAUCUUCCGGCAACCUGCCAACAGAGAAGCAAGACAUUCUUACCUCCGUUCUCCCUAUGAUCCUCCACCAAGCAGACAAGCUGGGGGUCCUCCUCGAUUUCCUGGGGGGAGAAGUCACCGGGGAGCUCUUAUGGAUUCCCAGCAAGCAUCAGGAACCAUCGUACAGAUUGUCAUCAAUAACAAGCACAAACAUGGACAAGUGUGUGUUUCCAAUGGAAAGACCUAUUCUCAUGGAGAGUCCUGGCACCCAAAUCUACGGGCAUUUGGCAUUGUGGAAUGUGUGCUAUGCACUUGUAAUGUCACCAAGCAAGAAUGUAAGAAAAUCCACUGCCCCAAUCGAUACCCCUGCAAGUAUCCUCAAAAAAUAGAUGGAAAGUGCUGCAAGGUGUGUCCAGGUAAAAAGGCAAAAGAAGAACCUCCAAGCCAAAACUUUGACAGCAAAGGUUACUUUUGUGGAGAAGAAACCAUGCCUGUUUAUGAGUCUGUGUUCAUGGAGGAUGGAGAGACUACGAGAAAAAUAGCACUGGAGACUGAGAGACCACCUCAAGUAGAGGUCCACGUUUGGACCAUUCGAAAGGGCAUUCUCCAGCACUUCCACAUUGAGAAGAUCUCCAAGAGGAUGUUUGGGGAGCUCCAUCAUUUCAAGCUGGUGACUCGGACCACCUUGAACCAGUGGAAGAUCUUCACUGAAGGAGAAGCUCGGCUCAGCCAGAUGUGUUCAAGUCGGGUGUGCAGAACAGAACUGGAAGAUUUGGUCCAGGUUUUGUACCUGGAGAGACCUGAAAAGGGCCACUGUUAGACAAAACAGCUAGGAUUGCAUAGUGUCAAUCAAGGAAACCCAAGCUGCAGCUGGACUGCCGGCUUACUUUGCUUAAGUCAACAUCGCUCUAAAACCCCAAAGUCAAAUUAUCCACGCCAGCCACAACAUACCUUGUUCCUCUAUGUGCAGUGGUGUGCCAGCCCUCAAACCUCUCCUCUAAAGAGAAUCGAGGUGUCUGUAAUGGUUUCUGGAGGGAGAAGGGAUAGAACAUCCUGGUGCAGCUUUAGUUUCUCUGAGAAUCACUAAAGUUACUUACAUGAAGGAAAGAGAAGGAAAUUGUUCCGUUUAAGUUGGGUCACAUAAAGCAAUCAUUUGUAUGAAA